AUGAGCAACAAGUUGAAGAGGAUGCUGAAGGCGCGUUUGCCCAGUGUGCCAUUCGAAGGGCUGGUGGGAGGAAAGCAGUUCCUAUCUGCCCAUGAUACCAUCUGUACAUUGGAGUCAGCUGAGUACUUCAGCCUUGUUUCGAGUCAGCGCACGUCGUUCACAGGUACUCCUUCUCCCUCACAUCUCUCCAAAGUCGAUUGCUGGCCUGCCGACCUUCUCCGCAUGCUUGAUCCCGCUGACACGCUGAGGAGGAAUGUCUUGCCAGAGUACGAGUUGGCAGUUCGAUGCCUAGGUGCAGUGAUAUUUUACUUGCGCUACUGCCUCACUGACACGGAGAUCCUCUCUCUUGGCCUCAUUCACGAGUACCGGCCCGUUGACGCCUCUUCGGUACUCACUCUUGGCCAGCCCUUCUACGAGCAACAGGUCAAUAUGGUUCUUGAUAGUGUAACUAUGAGGAAUCUCGAAAUCGUAGUCAGCAACUUCAACGGAACGCUUGAGGGUACCCUUCUCGAAAGGCUAGACUCAUGCUGCACAUCGUUCGGUCGACGCCUGUUAAGAACGUGGGUGGUCAGCCCACCUUGUCAUCCUACAGUGAUAAUCAGACGCCAAGACGCCAUCCAGGAAUUAAUGAACUUGUCAUCCGAGCUGCAGAGUGUUCGUGAUGCCCUUCGACGUUUACCUGACAUUGAGCGGCUCCUCACAAAAAUACAUAUAAUGGGAUGGAACGCCACUAAAGCUGGUCAUCCGGAAUCUCGAGCCAUUGUGGUUGAUGAGACUAUCUACUCAAAGAGGAAAAUUAUGGAUUUCCUCCUCGCCCUAUGUGGGUUCAAGUCCGCCAUCAUCAUCGUUAAGGCCUUCUCAAGAUUCAGCGUCAAAUCCGAGCUCUUGUGUUCCCUCACCUCCCUGCAUGAGGAGGGUGGGGCUUUUCCAAAUUAUAGUGAAGAGCUUUCUCUAUUUGACAAAGCAUUUGAUCAUGAAAAGGCCAAACGCGAUGGCUGCAUUACUGUGGAGCCGGGAUUUGAUCCUCAAUUCGACAAAGCUUGCGAAGGCCUUGAGAGAGCAGAAAUGGCUAUGAAUGAGUUUUUAGCUGAGCAAAGUGAUCUUAUUGGCUGUCAGCUGACCUACACGGGGACAGGGAAGAACCGUUUUCAGGUGGAGGUGCCAGAGACGUUUAUGGAUCGGGUACCGCAUGCCUGGGAGGCAACAGGCCAACGAAAAGGCUUUCGUCGCUUUCGUCCACCUGCCAUCAUGGAGCUCUUCGCACGUCUCGUCAUCGCCGAGGACGCUAAGCAGGAAAGCAUGCAGGGUAUCAUGCGUCGUCUUUUCGCCUCCUUUAGCUCUAGCUACUCUAAAUGGCAGGCGGCCAUCAGGUGCAUUGCAGAACUAGACUGUCUCAUCUCUCUCGCCAACUACAGCGUCUCCGCUGCUGCAAUCACCUGUCGUCCAGAGUUUUACCCUCUCGAUCCUGGAACUAAGCCAUUCCUAGAGAUUGUGAGUGGUUACCAUCCAUGCCUGGUGAAAAGCUUUUCUGGUGGUGAAAUCACCCCCAAUGAUGUGCAGUUGGGUCUCAUCCCGGGCCAGAAGAGAGCCACCUCCGUGAACUUCAAGGACGGUGUCACUACACUUCUCAUUACUGGGCCUAAUAUGGGUGGUAAAUCUACUCUCAUGCGUCAAACCGCACUUUUGGUCAUCCUCGCCCAUCUGGGGUGUCAGAUACCGGCCACCAGUUGCCGCCUGACACCAGUUGACAGAGUGUUCACACGAAUCGGCGCGUCGGAUCGGUUGCUAUCGGGCCAAAGUACAUUCUUCAUGGAGCUGGCCGAGACGGCUGUGAUCCUCAAUCACGCAACGGCAAAUAGUCUUGUACUGAUGGAUGAGUUGGGUCGCGGUACCUCAACCCGAGAUGGUUCCGCUCUGGCCUCCGCUGUUCUCCGUUACCUUACCACAUCUCGCCCUUCUGGUCCGCUAAGUCUAUUCUCCACCCACUAUCACGGUCUUGUUGAGGUAUUACAGAAGUCUCGGGCUGAUGCCUCCCUCAAAGCUCUCGAUGUUGGACACAUGGCAUGUAUGGUUGGCAAUGGCGAGUCAGAAGAACAACCAACAGAGGAGGAGGAGGAAGUGGGCAGUGGCACGGAGAAGAUCACUUUCCUGUAUAAACUCGUUUCCUCAGUUUGUCCUAAAAGCUACGGUUUCAAUGUCGCCCGUUUGGCACAGAUCCCAGAUGAGGUAAUCAAAAAGGGCGUAAUCAUGGCGAAAGAAUUUGAGAAGGCAACGCUGGUUUUCUCAUGUCUGCGGUGA